UCCACACCUUCCGCUCCGAUGUAAAUCGAACUUGACAUUGACAUAAGGAGGCUUUUCCCACCCUUUCGAUCAUGGCUACUAUGGCCGCUCGCUUCGGUGCUUCUCCCGCUCGUCUUUUUCGCAUAAAUAUGAGCUCUACUACCCGUCCUGGACAACAGGCUCGCCAUGUAUCCUUCUCCUCCUACUUGGUCACCCCUACUCAGCUCAAUGAAGCUCUCAAGAAGAACCCGCCGACUAAGAUUUCGACUGCUCCGCGAGUGAUUCCCCUCUGUGCAGCAUGGUUCAUGCCGAAUGACCCCGAAGGCCGCAAGGGCAUUGACUCAUUCCGUCAGUCCCGCAUCCCGCAGUCCCGCUUCUUCGACCUCGAUGCGGUCAAAGAUCAUGACUCGCCUUAUCCCCACAUGCUCCCGACCUGCGAGACAUUUGCUGAGGCAAUGAGCGAGCUUGGCAUCCGCCGUGACGAUGAGGUGGUGGUCUAUGAUACGGCUGAGCUGGGCAUCUUCAGCGCUCCCCGUGUGGGCUGGACCCUACGUGUAUUUGGCCACCCCAAUGUUCACAUUCUCAACAAUUACCGCCUCUGGACCCGCGAGGGUCUUCCUACCGAGAGCGGCGAGCCUGCUCCCGUCGAGAAGACCAAGUAUCCCGUGCCGACUUAUGAUUCCAAGUUGGUGAUUGCCUUCCGCGAGAUGAAGGAGCUGGCAUUGGACUAUGGCAAGGAGGGCGCCGAGGAGGUCGAGAUCCUGGAUGCUCGCUCGUAUGGCCGCUGGGCUGGUACUGACCCCGAGCCGCGUCCCGGUCUUUCCUCGGGCCAUGUCCCAGGCUCUAAGAGCUUGCCGUUCCAGGAAUUGCUGGACCCUGAGACCAAGACUUAUCUUCCCGCCGAACAGUUGAAGAAGGUUUUUGAGGAUCACAAGGUUGAUCCUUCUCGAUCAAUUAUCAGUUCAUGUGGCACUGGCGUAACAGCGACGGUCAUUGACACUGCUUUGGGAGUGGCAGACUAUGGCAAUCCUAAUAUCCGUCGGGUAUAUGACGGUAGCUGGACUGAAUGGGCUCAACGAGUCAAGGAGUCUGAUGGCCUGAUCAAGAAGGUCAAGUCGUAGAAAAUCCACGAGGGUGCAAUCCUCAUGAACCUAAGGACGAUGGACUGGACCUUUGCUUUUAGUGACUUUCUAUCGCGUUUAGCUCUUCUUGAUUCCCCGUUUUAGACGAUACUCCACUCCUUAUUGUUGAGAUGCUCUCUUCAAGCAUCUACAUCACCUCUAAAUGCAUCCCUCCUACAUCUUUCCUGCACAUAUCUCUGACAUCUUCCAUCAAUUCCACGUCACUUGAUCUAUUUAA